AUGUGCGCCGUGAUUGCCUACCGAGCCAUUUGUCCGGAUUGCGGAAAGAGAAAUGGGACUGAUAAGAACAGAAAUGUCAUCCCGAUAAAACUUGUCCACGAACAAUAUGCAUACGCUCACCCAACAGAGAUCCCACUUACUGCCCCAUGCGAUGCAGGCUUUGAUGUCGGCACGUUGGACUGUCCGAAUUCAUGGCCUCGCAGGCCGUCCGAUGGCUUGAUUGGCUUCGACGAUGACAAAGUGACCGAACGUAGGUGUCAACGUUAUCUGCGUGCACGACAUCGAAAGCUGCUCGAUGAGCGAACCCGCCGGAGGGAAAAUAUCGGGCGGCAACAACUACAGCAAAUACAGCGACAGACUUUUGCACAGGACACACUUUUCGUGCCAGAAGAAGAGCAGCAGCAGGAGCGAGAGCUGAUCGAGGAAGAGCAGCAGCAACAAGAGAUGACCGAGGAACAACAACAACAACAACAACAACAACAAGAACAGUGGCAACAAGAACGUAUUUUGAAACUACAAGAGCUGCAGCAAAAGGUUGACCUACAAUCGUGGCAAGACAGAGAAGUGUCGGAUAUUCUAGAAAUACAAGAGCUAGAGGAAAAUAUUGCAGCGUACAAACAGGCACGGCAGCAAGCACAAGCGAGGCAACAGAAACGGCAACAUGCACUACAACAGGUACUACAGAUACUGCAACAGGUAAAAGCACAACAACAAUUACGGCAACAGCAGAGGAAGCUUGAUCCCAGACAACAAGCUCAGUAUCAGCAGGAACAGAUUGUAAGACUACGCCAGUUGGAGCAAAAGCUCGCGCAACAACCACCUUCAGAGAGACAGUUCUCGGACAUGGUGGAAAUAACGAAGCUACAGAGAAUUAUUCAGAUAUACAAUAAAACGCAUCUACAGGAACCAGUGAUGGUCGCGCCAAUGAUUGUUGCGCCAAAGAUGGUUGCGCCAAAGAUGGGUGUACCAAAGGUGACUGACCCAAUGGCAGUUUCGUCAAAGGUGUACCAAUGGCUGGUGGCAGUUCCAGAUACGCCAGAGACUCCGGAAUCAUUCGAAGAGUAUCAGAAGCAAGUGGAAGCCAUAGACGCGGAGGGCGACACCAUUCACUUCACAGGCGAUACUUGGGCUGAAAUGUUUGUGACCCCAGAUGCAAUAUUGGAUCAAUAA